UUGAAACAGAACGCGACACGACACGUUACAGGGACACAUUUAUAGUUGAGCUGCUCAACUAAACCUCUUAAAUUCUUUUACAUGCCCAUCUCUCUCUCGCUAUAUAUAUUUUUCGUAUUGGUGCAGUCAAAUCUCUCUCUCUCUAGGCUUAGUAUUUCUCUACAAUGGCCGGUUUUUUGUCGCUGGUCAGACGCUUAUACCUCACUCUCUACAACUGGACCGUUUUCGCAGGAUGGCUUCAAGUUUUGUACCUGGUUGUGAAGACACUGAGGGAAUCAGGCCAUGAGCAGGUCUACAAUGCGGUCGAACGGCCGCUUCUGCUCGCUCAAACCGCCGCUGUCUUGGAGAUUGUUCAUGGUCUAGUGGGGCUGGUGAGAUCUCCAAUAUCAGCAACACUGCCGCAGAUAGGUUCAAGAUUGUAUUUGGCAUGGUGCAUCUUGUGGAGUUUCCCCCAGAUUCAGACUCACAUACUUGUGACCUCCCUGGUGAUCAGCUGGUCCAUCACGGAGAUUAUUCGAUAUUCUUUCUUUGGGAUAAAGGAGGCGCUUGGUUUCACACCUUCAUGGCUCUUGUGGCUCAGGUAUAGCACCUUUUUGUUGUUGUAUCCAACUGGCAUUGCCAGUGAAGUCGGUCUAAUAUAUCUUGCCCUGCCAUUUUUGAAGGCAUCUGAAAAGUAUUGUGUAAGGAUGCCAAACAAAUGGAACUUCUCUUUUGAUAACUUCUAUGCCGCGAUUCUUAUCAUCGGAAUCUAUGUCCCAGGCAGCCCUCACAUGUACACUUAUAUGCUUGGGCAGAGGAAGAAAGCUCUCUCAAAGUCCAAGAAGGAGUAGAAUGGCAGCCAAUUUUACUAUUAUUAUUAUUAUUAUUAUUAUUAUUAUUAUUAUUAUUAUUAUUUGCGUUGUUCUUAAUUGUUUUUUGGAACUUUGUAGGUGUGAAAUGUAAAUCUAUUUUUAAAAAUGGUUACUCUGAUCAUUAUCGAAUUAAGACAUGAAAGAAAAUUGCCUAAUUUUGAUUCUUAA